AUGCGGUUCAGCCAGAGCUCGGCCAGAACUCGGCCCCGCUCGGGCGCUCGGCGGUUCUGCAAUUGUGGCCACCAGCGCAGGCCUCCUUGCGUCACCGUGUCUGGGCGCCUCGGGCUGGAAGAGCCAGAGAAUGAAAUGGAAAAUGCCAGCAGAAUGUCAGAAGAAAAAGCCAAAUUUGACUUGUAUAUAAAUGAACAGAUAAUUGAAAGGAUACCUGCUAAAUAUGAAAAUGAAAAAUUACGGAGAGAAAGGAAUAUAAAUCUUUUCAACCCAAGUACAUCAGAAGUCCCUGUAAGUAGCAAGCUUCCAAGAGGCAUUGCACCUCGCAUCUUGAAGGAUGAAGGGUUUUAUGUCAGUCAGAAACCAGACGUUUUGAAAAAAAUAGUUAACAAAAUGGAGAAUCGUCUACUUGUGCAAGGCGAGAAUAAAUGCUGGUUUGGAGAAGAUGGGAAUAUAAUCGCAUUACCAGAUCCAAUUAAGCUUCCCUGGAAUAGUAGACAAUCACCACCAAAUCGCAAUGCGGAUGACCCUCAACCAGGUCUGGAAACUGUGUAUAGGAAGGCAAUAGUUAGUGAACUUGUAAUUGAUAUAGCUGGUAAUUUUAAGGAGAUUUCUCAAAUCUAUCAGCUGGAUAUCAAUAUUGCAAGUUUGUGUUUUAUUCAUCAUCCUUUAUUCAGCAGAGAACAUGUUUUGGCUGCAAAGCUAAUGCAGCUUCAUGACAAUUACCAACAGAGGCAAGGAAAAAAUAUCAGCCAGCUCUUGAUUGAGAAGUUCAUGUAUUUUAGGGAAACAAAGCGGCUUCUGAAUGUGGAAAAGGAAAAAGACCGCACCCUUCUUACAAACAUUUUGAAUGUCUGGAAACAAAUAAAAGGUUUGAGAAAAAUGGAGAAGUGCAUCCAUACACCAAUAAAGCUCCAAGUGCAAAAUUCACAGAUCGGAACAAAACUUGAUGCGCUUGACGCAGAGGAGAACAGCGAGCUGGAAGUGAAUUACAAAUCACUUGGAAAGCAAUGUGAAGUGGAGUACCUUGCAGAAGUUGUUGAACUAGAACAACAAUUUGAAGAUAAAUUCAAUAAAGAAAUGGAGAUAUAUAAUGAAAAAUUAGAAAUUUGGAAAAAUAAACAGCUUUUGUGGUAUCUUGCUUCUGAUGCAAACAAAUCAUCUCCUCGGAUUCUAAUGCCCAUGUCCCACAUUCUGGGUGCGUUGCUCUGCAAUGCGACUAUUAUUCGGCAGGCUAACACUUUCCUGUUUGAAAGAGACAUCAUUCGAUCGGAGGUGGCGCUGUUGACAGCAGUCAGACUGCAGAGACAGCAUCUGGCCAGAAGGUGGCACUGUGGACGGCGGUCGGAGCAGGUCGAGCAUUGCUUCCGGCUGGCCGCGGCAGCCAUUUUGGUAGUCGACCACAGCGACCAUGUGGUAGUAGGCCGUGGUGGCCAUUUUGGCAGCCGACUGAGGCGGCCUUUACUGGCGGCCAACCGAGGCGAUUCCCGGAUGCGUGUGGGGCGGCCGGCAUCAAUGGGCCUCGCCCCACCGUUGCAGGUAGGAACUCCACCAAUCGUCGCCGGUGUCGUCGGAGACCGGCUGCGUUGCCGCGCCCCCGGUGGAGAUUGGAAGUUGUUGGGGAAUCCGUCGUGGGACCGCCGAUGCACGACUGGCCAAGGCUCCACCCUGCAGCUGGGCCGACCACAGCCCAACUGGACAGGCAGCCAGUGGCCGGGGAUCGUCGAAAUCCACGUCGGCGAGGAGCAGAAGGACGUCUUCGGGGAGGCCCGCUUGAUUGGGAUGCUAGGCCUUGAGCAGCGACUGAACUGCAGGUGCAUAGUUGAAACGCUCUGCUCAUUUGAUAGCUUCAGGGCCAGCGACGUUGAGAAGUAUAGAGGCACGGUGUGCUGGUGGAAUGUUGCAAUGAGCAGCACGGAUGUAAUGGUUGCAAUUGCGCUCGAAAACCCAACAUUCAGCAAUGUUGGAGUCAAAAAUCCGAGGAAAGCCAAGGAAAGCAAACGUAUAGAUGGAGAUGAAUCAGUCAAUGAAUACACUGAUGAUGAUUCAGAAGAGCCCCCAAAACUUUCUGUGCCAACAGAUAGAGCAACAAUAGAAAAUAUGGCAAAAAUAAGAACAGAAGUUGAUUACAGUCAAAGACAAGAACCUAUGUUGAUUCCUAAUCUGUCACAGACAAUGACUGUAACACCAGAUUUAAAUUGCUCUGGGGGAGAACAACGUAGAAGAAUGGAAAUGCGAAACCAUAAAUUCUUCAUUAGUAUUUUUUAUAAUGAGAAACUCGUUUCAUCCACUAUCACUUCACAACUGCAAUCAGAUUUUACUGUACAGUUUCGACAAAUAUUCAAUGUUCAGAUUAUACACAAACCUGAAAACAUUAGAUUAGAGAUUUAUGAAUUAAUAAACACAAAGAUGAACUUGUUGGCAAAACUAUACAUACCUGUUCCUGAAGUAACCAUGAUUACCAGCACUGUUGCUUUGGAAGAGAUAGAAUUCAGUAGUGAUGAAAUAGUUGUAACUAACCAUGAUGGAGUUGGAAGCAAUACACCGUUUCUUUUAGAUGGGAAAUCUGAAGAGUGUUUGUUGACAUCUGGAAGAUUACUGUAUGCUGUAUCAUGGGGAAUAGAUGAGAAUGGCACAGCCCUUGCACCUCCAGCACCAAAGCCAAAAACCUAUAAAGAAAGCAUGGAUGCUAUUGCCUCAAUUGGAAUGUCUCGGAUAAAUGAUUUGCAGAAACUUGCCAAGUGGGCAAAAAAAGCCAGAAUUGAUCCCAAUGAUCCCCAGAAUUUAAACUUGAUGCAUGUAAUUAAGUAUGCCACUGAGGAGGAUCAAAAUGUCCCAAAAUACUUUAGGUUACAGCAAAUGCAAGAUGAGUUUAACUUUAUUACAGAUGAAAAAUUGGAGCAGUCUAGACGGUUUCGUCUUCUGAUGCAUAGAAAUUCUGGAGUUCCUGAAUAUUGUUGCUAUAAGCAAGUGCCGCCAUAUGAAAGAGAGAUACCAGAGCAUAUUUUUGAGGAAUUUGCAAUUCAAAAGGAUGAUAUUUUUAUAAUUAUGGGAGAAGAUUCACUGACAGAACAGAGAAUGAUGGCACAUAAAUAUCUUGAGAAGGUGAAAGUUUCUGUGAUGAAAAGACUUUUAAGGGUCAAACAUAAUUUUACUUUGCAAGAUAUUGUUGUGGAAUGUGAAGAUAUCAGUACCAUAAGCCAAAUAAGCCUCGCCUUGUUCGACAUAAUUGCACCUCGAAAAACAUUGAAACCUAUGCGUAAGGAAAGAAAGAAAAUACCUGCUCAGACCUUGUCUGAUGGAGAUAUUAAGAUGCUUAUUAAUGUAAUAGGAGCAUACAACAUACCAAUGAGGAAGUGCGUUGUCAGGGCACAGCCACUUUUUGGUCUAAUGUCUCCAGUGUCUGGAAUGUCGAGCAACAUGCAUUAUAGGAAACCUGAAGGUGAAGAGGAUCCUUUUAACCAGAUUCAAGUGCAACCUUUUGUAGAAGUAACCUUCCAGCAAUCAAUGUAUCAGACAAGUAUUGCUGAUGGAUCCCAGCCAUGUUGGAAUGAAAAACUUGAAAUGGAUUUCAGAUCACCCAAUGGAGAUUACAACAGUGCAGCCUUAUGCAAAAUGAAGGACAAAAUAUUAAUUAAUGUAUUUGAUAGCUUAACUGUUGCUACUCCAGAGACCGACUGCCCUGAGACAUGCAGAAUGAAGCCACAUAUCCAGAAUUGGCUGGGAUCCAUUUCUAUCCCUUUCAGUACUAUCCUGGAACAAUCAAAGGUCAGUGGAACUUUCAGAAUAGACACCCCAGUAAUGUUACUAGGAUACACAUGGAAGAAAAUAGAUACAGGUUAUUGUGAACAGUUUUAUGAAUUUGGACUUGCAGAAAGCUCACUUUUAACAAUUUUUAUUACCCUGGAUCCUCAAGUUUCUUGUUCAGACAACGAAGACAAACAACCCCCUCUAUGGCAGUUAGAAACAAUAGAAGAUGAGGAGAUUUUACACUUGGCAUAUACAUUUCAAAAGGAGAUUCGUAAUCUUUAUCCAAGGAGAAGAGUUGUUGUCAAUAUCAUUGACAGUGAAUGCAGAGUUGGCAUUGUUACGAGAUAUAUCAGGCCGCUUUGUCCACCACAAGAGCUACUUGACGUAUUUCCAGAGAAUCCAGAGGCGACCUUUAAUCUUGUAGCUAGAUUUGUCUCCUUGAUUCCGUACCUUCCAGAUAAUUUAGGAUUUUCCGAUUCUUGCAAUAUUUGGUUGACAUCACAGCAAUUUCUUAAUCUAAUACUUGGAGGUAAAGAGGAUCAUGCAGUUCUUCUUUGUAACUAUUUCUUGUACAUGAAAAUGAAUGCAUAUGUACUCUUAGGAACUUCAAUUCUCGAAGGCCCAACAGCUUAUGUGAUUAUUCAAGAAAAAAUGACCACCAUGAUUUGGAAUCCUGAAACUGGGGAUUGCUAUGAGCAAUUUAAUGUUUUUUGUCCACUGCAAAGUGCUGAUUGUUUGAUCAAUAACGAAAAUAUCUGGUUUAAUAUUCAAAAGAAUAGUCGUCCUAUGAGCAUAAGUUUUGAUACCUCAAAAGAACAUAAUUGGCGGCCAUUCUUCAAGAGUCCCCAGCAUCAUGCAUUGUCUUCUGUGCAGCCACAAGAAUUAAUCUACUAUUCCACUGAAAAUGCCCUGGUGGAUAAAUUACAGAACAGAAUUGAAUGGGCACUGAAGAAUAAAAUCAUGGAAUGGAGAGUCCAACGCCCCACUCGAUGGAAUCGUUACUGUACUGGAGUGUUUCAAAAUUUUCUUCCUCUGCUAGAGCAAAAUCUUGGUCGCUCAGUAAGUGAAGAACAGAGCGCCGGUCUAGAGAGCCUUUUAAAAGAAUACAAGGUUUCUGGAUUUCCUAUUCAAAUGUGCUAUUCAAAGUUGGAGUCAAUAUUCGAUAAAGUUUACAGUACUGGCAUUCAUAAAACAGAUAUUCCAAAUGUUGAGUUUGCUGUCGCCGUGUACAUUCAUCCAUACCCCAACAAUGUAUUAUCACUAUGGAUCUACGUAGCAUCUUUAGUUCAUGACUUCUAA